AUGGGCGGAGUGCCGUCCAUCCCCACCGACAAGACGCGGACCGUGCAGGUCAUCGGCGCCGGCUACUCGCGCACCGGCACCGUGUCCAUGUCGCUGGCCUUGGAGAAGCUGCUUGACGGGCCGGUGCUGCACGGCGGCACGCAGCUGCUGGGCAGAGAGGACGCAUAUGCCAAGCUCUGGUGCGACAUCUUCGCCAACCGCCACAACAAGCCCAUCCUGAUGAAGCUCCUCCGCCAGGCCACCGCCGGCUUCGUCGCCGUCACCGACAACCCCGCCAUCUGCUUCGUCACCGAGCUGGCCGAGCUCUAUCCCGAUGCCAAGGUGGUACUUGUAGAGCGCGACCCCGACCGCUGGUGGAGCAGCAUCAUGACCUUGACGAAGCAGGGCAGCGUCAACGGGUCGUGGCGGCUGUUCACAACGUUGCUCUGGCCGUGCCCGACGUGGCGAUGGGCGGGUGUUUGGAUACGCGGGAUUCAGCAAUGCGUUUGGGGGAGCCAUUCUCUCGAGGUAAAUUCUCUGUCCAUAUACAACAACUGGGUCCGCAAAAACAUCGCCUCAGAGAGGCUGCUCACCAUGGAGCUCAAGCAGGGCUGGGAGCCGCUGGCCAAGUUUCUCGGCAAGCCAGUUCCCGACGAGCCGUUUCCUCGCGCCAACGACAGCGAAGCCAUGCAGCAGUUUGCGCAAAAGAUGAUUCGCACGGCGAUGCUUGUCUGGGUGGGCAUUUUGGCGGGUGCAGGGACGGCGGCGUGGAUGGGGUUUGAGGCGUGGAAGAGAUGGUGA